UCUUCCUCAGGUUUUGGUUAAACUUGUGUUUUAUUUUGGAGAGAACAAAAAAGAGAAGAGAAGAAAGAAUGGGUUCAAACGGUUUGAUAGAGAAGCCACAUGCAGUUUGCAUACCAUUCCCAGCUCAAGGCCACAUUAACCCAAUGCUGAAACUAGCAAAACUCCUCCACUACAAAGGUUUUCAUAUAACCUUUGUGAACACAGAGUUCAACCACAAACGCCUUCUUAAAUCCAGAGGUCCCAACUCCCUCGAUGGCCUUCCCUCCUUUCGAUUCGAGACCAUUCCCGACGGCCUGCCACCGACUGAUGCCAAUGCCACCCAAGACAUACCAUCCUUAUGUGAAUCCACUAGGAAACACAGCUUGCCUUACUUCAGAGACCUUUUGUCUAAGCUGAACUCUUCGACUGGUUGCCCUCCUGUAAGUUGUAUAGUUUCUGAUGGUGUCAUGAGCUUCACUCUUGAUGCAGCCCACGAACUCGGCAUCCCAGAAGUGCUUUUCUGGACAACAAGUGCUUGCGGCUUCUUGGCCUAUGUACACUACCACCGCCUCAUUGAAAAGGGUCUAACUCCUCUCAAAGAUGCCAAUUAUUUGACAAACGGCUAUUUGGAGACGCAGAUAGAUUGGAUACCAGGCAUGAGAGGCAUCCGACUAAAGGACAUCCCCAGCUUCAUUAGAACCACAGACCCAGAUGAUCUCAUGCUGGAUUUUCUGGUGCAUGAAACAGAGCGAACUCGAAAAGCUUCUGCUGUCGUCUUGAACACCUUCCAUGACUUGGAACAUGAAGCUUUAGAUGCACUUUCAACUUUGCUACCACCUAUUUACUCCAUUGGACCCCUACAUCUACAGAUUAACCAGAUCCCGGCAGAUAGCGAGUUGAAGGAGAUAAGAUCAAACCUAUGGACAGAGGAACCAGAGUGUCUAGAAUGGCUUGACUCUAAAGAACCUAACUCUGUGGUUUAUGUCAACUUCGGAAGCAUCACAGUGAUGACAGCAGAGCAGCUAAUUGAGUUUGCUUGGGGACUUGCAAACAGCAAUCAGACCUUCUUUUGGGUGAUUAGGCCUGAUCUUGUUGGUGGGGAUUCAGCUGUGGUUCCACCAGAGUUUGUGGAAGAAACCAAAGAAAGGAGCCUAUUGGCACAUUGGUGCCCUCAAGAACAAGUCCUGAGCCAUCCGGCUGUAGGAGGGUUCUUGACUCACAGUGGUUGGAACUCUACCAUUGAAAGUGUGUGUGCUGGAGUGCCCAUGAUCUGUUGGCCCUUCUUCGCAGAGCAACAAACCAAUUGUAGGUACACUGAGAAAGAGUGGGGCAUUGGCAUGGAGAUUAAGAGUGAUGUUAAAAGAAACUACGUAGAGGGGCUUGUGAGAAAGUUAAUGGAGGGAGAGGAGGGCAAAGAUAUGAGGAAGAAAGCUCUGGAAUGGAAGAAGUUGGCAAAGGAGGCCACCAGCCCUAAUGGCUCAUCAUUUGUGCCUUUGGACAAAAUGAUUAACCAGGUGCUUCUAUCUCCAAGAAAUUAGAAUUGAUCAAUAUUCUACCUAGUUGCUUGCUGCUCUGUAUUUGGCCUAGUUCAACCCAAACACGAGACACAACUAUUUGUGCAACAUAUUAUGCAUUCUUAGGAGAAACCAUUCAGUGCCACUCAGUGUUUUAUGUUUUGCAGACGUCGAUUAGUCAAAUUUUGAAGAGUGUAUUUUUGUUGUAAUGGUUCCACAUCGUGAAUGAUUGAUCAGAUGAGUAUUUUUAAUAAUAUAGAUA